GCAUUGGCCGAACCAGUUCACGGACCCGAUGGCCGGAAGCCGCCGCCGCCGCCGCCGCGGAAGAGCGCGGCUGCCGCAGCAGGGUGCCGAACCCUCGCCGCCGGCAGAAACCGCUCUCAGCUCCAGAGAAGUUAACACUGUGGAGAGAACCUCGAAGAACGCCUGCCCUGCCUCAGCCUCUACCUCCCUGCCUUUGUCUGGACCUCAUGUUUGUGCAGAUCUCCUGGACAGCCUGCUUCAAGAAAUUCUGCUUCACGAAAUUAUUGCUCUGUUUGACUCAUUCCAUGACUUCCUUGCAUUCAUUGGCACCUGCCGCUCUUGGCGUGCUGCAGUCUCUACCUUUCCCUCUGUGCAUACAUUCAGCUUCCCGCCGCUCCACUUCAAACCAGAUGGUCCUUAUGUUCGUCCACAUAGCGGCCCUAUCAAGCCCAUCCUUUUAUCUGAUUGCAAAUGGCAGCUCAGUGAUCCUAGCAAGAAAAACUCAUCCCUUGCGUGUUCAGUGCCUAAAAAUAGUCCAAAUAAAAUGCGCUAUUUGGGCUGCUCGUAUGGGUAUCUUAUCUUCUCCUACGAGGUUCACUGCCUCCUUGUCGAUGUGUACACUGGUCGCAAGGUGAGGCCACCCAAACUCCCACGUAACAAUGAUCUUGGGUACUUUUGUGGCAUAGGCAUCCUUACGGCCCCAUUGAUUUCACCCAACUCUCGCCUCCUCCUUUUCUCAAGAGAUUCCAUGUUUGAGUGGCAGGUUGGAAAAAACUUCUGGUCAGAGCACACCCUUGAUCUUGAUGAUGAACUCAUCUAUCAGAUUGUUUUCUUCAAAGGUGAUAUCUUUGUCGUAGAUGCUGUUCUCAGGCUCCACACUAUACACCUGACACCUCAAUUCCGCAUGCAAAAAAUAGCAAUUAAAAAGGAGUUUGUGCCUAUGAACUCAUGGUUGGUGGUCUGUGGUGACAUGCUUCUCAUGAUUGAGCAAGACUUCAGCUCUGGCAGAUUGGGUGGCUCAUCUGACGCAUUCUUUAGGAUCUUUCGCCUCAACUUCUCUGUCGAGCCAGCUAAGUGGGUGAAGUUGGACAAGUUGGAUAAUUAUGCUCUGUUUGUAAGCCUUGACAGAAGGAAUCCUACAUUUUGUUGCAUGAGCCCGGAAAGAUGGGGAGGAAAGAGUAACUGCAUUUAUUUUGCGAGGCUAUCUGAAGAUCCCGAUGAAACAUGGACCGCGGUCGAGUUUGGUCAGCCAGUGCCAGACAGCGCAGUCCGCUCCAUGUUCUUCUAUGAUAUUUCGCUCUCUCUAGACUGUGGUGUACUAAGUAGCCUCUGGGUGUUCCCCAGUUUAGUUUAUGGUUCUGGCUAGUACUUCUUUCUUGUCUUGCACAAGACCUGCCUAGCGUUUAUCUCAGUUUGCAACUAGUUCUGUAGCUGUAAUGGUUUUCUGACUUUGGGACCAAAUUUUUGUUUCCAAGUACAAUUAAUCUGUAUGGGCAUGCUGCUGUUACUGCUGGUUGUAUUGUGGCGAAAAACGGGAUUGCAUUUGUCA